UAAUGUAUUUUCUCUCCUAUAAGCUGCCGAGGCGUCUGCGGGUGAAGCGUUGCGGGUGUGGGAGGUGAUGCGGGAACCAGCCCGCGGAGACAAGCGGGGGAGAAGAGUUAGAAGCCCGGCAGGCUGCUUCCGUUGCUUUUUGUUGUUGUUUGGGGGGAACUAGCUAAACGACGGAGGCACCGCAGGCCCAAACCCCAACAGUUCACACCUCCCCGGCCGCCUCUCUGCCGGGGGAUCCGUCUGCUUCACCGCCUUCACACCGACGUCCACGGUUCGCCAGAUACCGUUAAUGCGGCUUACCCCCGUCUCCGUAGCGGCGUCCCUAUGGGGGUGUUAGCCGACUAGCUAGCUUGGUAGUACGCGUUAGCUCCCAGGCUAGCGUCUCCUAUGCAUUCCCAUAGACUUAGCUGUUAGCUGACGUACGCUAUUCGGCUAGCUCGUAGCUCCUGACACAUUUUACAGCCUCCAAGGUAAUGCCGCCUCAGAGCUGUAGCGCACACGGGACUCACACACAACUCUUAUCUUAACUAGUCAUGCUUUGAAGCUAACCAGUAGUGUUAGUUAAUUAAAUGGUGGGAUCAUUCGGAGACACAAGCGCAGCUAGUGUUGGCAUUCAUGUUUAGCAUUAGCCCUUUUCUUUGCGACACUGCUGCACAUCUAACGUUGCUUUCAAACAGUGAACACUCCGAACACUCUGAGCGUGGUCGGAAGCACAAACUGGAGACGAACUUAUAACCUUCUAAAACACCGCUUCCAUGCAACAACAGACACGUUGUAUAUGAUGCCCCAGGUGACACGCGGUAUGUUUGGUGCUAACCGGAAGAAGUUUAUGGAGGGAGGGAUAGAGAGCGACUACACGGACGACUCCAGCCUCUACUACACCCAGCAGUCCAUGUUCCCCCCACACCGCCCUGACAAAGACAUGUUGGCCUCUUCCUCUUCUUCCUCGACGGGUCAGCUCUCCCAGCUGGGAGCCAGUUUAUACGGCCCACAGAGUGCUUUGGGGUUUCCCAUGCGAGGUAUGAACAGCAGCGCCGCGCCUCAGUUAAGUCGAAGUGGUUUGAACCAAUCAGCCAACCAGCUGCCGAGUCACGCCAGUGCAGCCAACACGGGCACCAUGCACACGCCCCCCUCCCCGAGCAGGGGGAUUCUGCCCAUGAACACCCGCAGCGUGCUGAACCACAGCCAGCAGGUGGGGGGGCCCACGGGGCAGUCGGGCGGGAUGGGGGGCGUGGGGGUGGAGCGGGGGGGCGGAGGAGGGAGGAGCGGCAUGGGGAGCCCCAGCCGGUCGUCGCCCAGCAUCAUCGGGAUGCCCAAGCAGCAGCAGGCGCGGCAGCCCUUCACCAUCAACAGCAUGUCGGGCUUCGGUGUGAACCGGAAUCCAGGCUACAACAUGAACAACUCUUUAUCCAACAACAUCUUCAACGGCACAGACGGCAGUGAGAACGUGACGGGGUUGGACUUGUCGGACUUCCCGGCGCUGGCGGACCGGAGUCGACGGGACGGAGGAUCGAACCCGACGCCGCUGCUCAACCCGCUGGCCGGCCGGGCCCCGUACGUUGGCAUGGUAACCAAGCCGUCCAGUGAGCAGUCGCAGGACUUCUCCAUCCACAACGAAGACUUCCCCGCCCUCCCGGGGCCCAACUACCAAUCAAAAGACCCCAGCAGCGCCAGCGAGGACAGCAAAACGCGCUCUCACGUCCUGACUCGUCCCAUUUUUUCGGAAUGUUUUUUCCCUCCGUUUUUGUCCAAUCAGAAUCUAAACUCGUCGGGAAAGCCCGCCUCCAACUCUGACGGUCCAAAGUUCCCCGGCGACAAGAGCUCGGCGCCUAGCAACAACAACCAGCAGAAGAAAGGGAUCCAGGUGCUUCCCGACGGGCGCGUGACCAACAUCCCUAUCGGCAUGGUAACGGACCAGUUCGGGAUGAUCGGCCUGCUGACGUUCAUCCGGGCGGCGGAGACGGACCCCGGCAUGGUGCACCUGGCGCUGGGCUCCGACCUCACCACGCUGGGCCUCAACCUCAACUCCCCCGAGAACCUCUACCCGAAGUUUGCGUCUCCGUGGGCGUCGGCUCCGUGUCGACCGCAGGACAUCGACUUCCACGUGCCCUCGGAGUAUUUAACCAACAUCCACAUCAGAGACAAGCUAGCAGCCAUCAAGUUGUCUCGGUAUGGUGAAGACCUGCUCUUCUACCUCUACUACAUGAACGGAGGAGACCUACUACAACUCCUGGCUGCAGUAGAACUGUUCAACCGGGACUGGCGGUACCACAAGGAGGAGCGGGUCUGGAUCACGCGGGCCCCGGGGAUGGAGCCCACGCUGAAGACCAACGCCUACGAGAGGGGCACCUACUACUUCUUCGACUGCCUCAACUGGAGGAAAGUGGCCAAGGAGUUCCAUCUGGAGUACGAGAAGCUAGAAGAGCGACCUCACGUUCCCUCCACGUUCAACUACAAUCCCGCCCAGCAGGCCUUCUGAUUGGCUCUACCUCCUCCUGCCUGCCUGCCAUUGGCCCUCCUGGCUCCGCCCCCCUCUCACACGUCACAAAGCAAAUCUGACCAAUGAGGAUGUCCCGAUCCCCCAAAAACCGAUCCUGAAUAGACUUCAUGCUUUUAAACCUUUUUCUGAUUUAUUUUGUUUGUUUUUAUCCUUCACCUCACUUUCUGUUUAGUUUUUACCCCCCCCCCUCCCCCCCCCUGAGCCCAGUCAGUGGAGCACAGACUUAACCUUCAGCACACAGCAACACGAGCACUGUAAAUAACUGUCCAUCUGACCAGUGAUUCCAUCUCGUCUUAAACAUUUGGGACUAUUUGUGUCCUCUGAAGCUUUUAAGAACCAGAUUUUAAACCUCACUCAGAAUUCAGUCACCUGUCGGUGGAUCUUUAUUUGUUUCUGUGUCACUCUGAUCUUUGGCAGGAAAAUAUUUAUCUUUGUUUUUACCAGGUUGUUUUUCCAGCAGCAUUACAAAUCAACAACAACAACACAGCAGAGAGUCAGGAGAGAAAAUGCAAUGUACAUUGUAGCACUAUUUCGUAAUAAAAGAAGAGAAAAUACCUUUUUUUCAGGGGGGGGUCUUUAUAAUACAGCAGCAUGAUUUUAAAGUCAAGCAGUUUGAAACAAACUCAGAAUCUCAUCUCUGAGAUUAAUGUGUUCAUCUCCAAGUUUUUAUUCACUUUAAUAAGGUGAUGAAAAUGAGAACUUUUAGGAUCCCUCAGCGAAUGAAUCAGACAUUUUACUAUUUGAAGACAAUAUAUUGAUAAAUAAUAACUUUUAUUAGGGGCCCAAAUUAUAACAAUUGCAUCUUUUCGAUUUUUGAAAUUGAAUAUUUAAAGAAAUAUACUCCUCAAAUGUGUUGUUCAAAAUAAAACAACAUAACAUGAGCAUGAAUUAUGAGGGAAAUUAGAAAUACACAUUUUCCAAAAUGAAUUCAAAUGGAGAUCACACUUUUAAUUUUAUAUUUUCAUCCAUGUUUUUAUUCCACCAUUUAGUGAUUCCUCCCCUUCCAGAGGAGCUCCCUGUUUCCUUUCACCUUUUCAUAUUGUUUUAUAAGUUAUUCUGCUUUUAUUUUUAAAGUUGUUUAUUUUCCGCCCGGCAACAGUUCAAACCAAUCAGACGCCUCUCAGGAUCAUCCAACCACAACAAAAAGUAAACUUCAUUUUCCUUUUAAGAUGUUCAGUUCGAUGUCACUCAGGCGUAAUCCGGCUACCAAGCUACGGCUAGCUAACAUUAGCUUAGCUUAGCAUGGAGACGACUUUUACACUUCAGUUUUUAUACAGAUUGAAUAAAUUAGAUGAACAGUGAAGCGUCUUCAGAGGACAAAGGCUUGUGUCCCCUUUGGACAGAGCCAGGCUAGCUGUUCCCCCUGUUUCCAGUCUUUAUGCUAAGCUAAGCUAGCCCGCUGCUGGCGUUAGCUUCACAUCCAGCGUAGAGGGAGUUGCAUCGAUCUGAUCAUUCGACUCGAGGAAGCAAAGUGUGUUUCCUAAAAUGUGAGUGUUUAUGAAAACAUAUUUUUCUGCUUUCACCAAACCUCCGUUUUUACAAAAGCGAUCCGUCCACACCAGAUUAUACGAGCUUAUUUCUUCAUUCACACACAAUUGAUCAUCUGUUAUAGUAAAAGGAUAUUACCAGAUUUUAAAUUUCAUAACAGCAAAAUACAACGAGCUACACGUGAACUCAUGAAAAUGUUUACUUCGUUUUGUUGCAAAUGAUGUAAAUGACGAAAAUGUUGUGUGAUCGAGAGACCAAAAUGAAAAGGAGAAUAUAAAAACUAUUUAAAAGUAUAAGUAGACGGAUCCUAAAAUCAACACCAGCCACCAAGAAAAAUCCCUUUUCUUAAGAUUAGAUAUCAGAUUAUUUGUUAUUUUUAAAUUCUCUCCAGCAGGCCCCAAUGUGCAGGUGUGUUCAUGUGUACACACAGAUAUUCAUAUGAAUACAACUGUGUUUACAUACAGGCGCAAAGGCAGUGUUUUUAAGAAAAAAGGUAAAAAUAAACAAAACAUGGUUCUGAAACGAGGACGCCGUCCAUCAGCUGGUCGCCAGUAAACGAUGCAAUACCAACAACAACAACAACAACUACAGCGGCGAACACGUGACCUGCGGCCACAUCGCCGCCGGAAGCUCGUUCACAUUGCAGCAGCAAAAAGCCAAGGACACGCCCCCAGGCCCCAUGUGACACGCAUGGGGCGAUCUGAUUGGAGGAUUUGAGGACUGAGGCACUUGGCCGUUUGGCUGUUUUAUUAAAUAUGGCAGCUAGUGUUUUAAUAGGAAAAAGAAUAAAAUGAAUAUUCUGGUAAUGAAACUGAA